AUGUCGCUGGAAGAGCGGAAGCGAUGUGCGCGUGCCGGAGCAGGGAAGAAGGUCGACGUCACCCCGAAGCGGACUGUGAAAGAGAGGCUUCGGAGCUUUGUCGCCGACGGGCCCCUGGACUUGGUGGCAGGUGCCGUCGUCCUGAUUAACGCAGCCUUCCUCAUCAUUGAGCAUCAGAAUCGAGGGGAGGUUGCCGAGAAAGUAUUGUUCUCAUACCCAGUUUCGCCGGAGGAUGUCGACAGGCCCCGGCUAUUUGAGAUUAUGGAGUAUGUCUUUCUUGCUUUCUAUGUGUGCGAGACGCUUCUGAGAAUGGUGGUGCUGCGGACGAUGUGGUACUACACGGCAGAGGGCGGCAUCAUGUGGGGGAACUUCUUCGAUGCGCUGAUUGUCGCCUUCGGUGUGUCGGACGUAUUGAUCCAAAAGGUCAUGCUUCCUCAAGAAGGACAGACACACUUUGGCGCUGUUCUGCUGCGUCUUCUCAAGGUCAUGAAGGUCGCCAAGACGAUGCGCCUGAUUCGGGUGAUGCAGCUCUUCUCGCAGCUCCGGAGCAUGGUCGACACAUUCCUCGCAAGUUUGUCUUCGCUGUUCUGGUCUAUGGUCAUGCUGUUGGUGUGCAUGAUGAUUGCCGCACUGGUUCUUUGUGAGUCCUGCGUGCCAUACAUUGUUGACCCCACAGCAGACAUCGAGAUGUCAACCCGGGAGUGGCUCUUGAUCCGCUAUGGCAGCUUCACCCGGGCGAUGUACACCAUGUUCGAGAUUACGUUCAGCGGCGGUUGGCCUGGCCUCAUUCGGCCACUGGUGGAUGAGGUGAGCGUCCUCUUCGCCAUCCCGUGCUUGAUCUAUGUCGUCGCCAUUGUCUUUGCCGCCCUGAGGCUCAUCACAGCGCUAUUCGCCCUUAGGCAGAGGCAGGUUCUGAACAGCGACGCAGCAGCAGCUGUCCUCGAGCGCAUGGAGCGUGCCUCAGAGCUCCAGGGGAAGUUGUUGGAGGUCUUUGCACACGCCGACGUGGAUGGCGACGGGUACCUGACCCUGCAGGAGUUCGAAGCACUGUUGCAGCAGAGUGAGAUCUUGCACUACUUGAGUGUUCUGGAGCUUGACAUUCGCGACGCGCGGGUGCUCUUCCACAUUCUGGCCGAUGGAGACGAAACGCUCUCAGUCGAGGAAUUCUGCGGAGGCAUUGCGAAAGUGCGUGGCAACGCCAAGUCGGUCGACAUCGUCCAGCUCAUGCACGAAACCGGGAAGCUGCGCAAGGAAUGCCGCGCGAUGUUGGAAGCUUUCGGAGCCCAAGUACUCUCUUAG